GAGAACAAAAAGACAAAACCAAGCACCGCGCCCCCUCCCCCGCGGAGCGGCUGCGGACGAAGGCGACGAAGUACCAGAUCUUCAAGGACGCGCGCGCGUCGGGCGAGUACAGCCCCGUGCGCGAGGAGCUGCGCUUCGAGCCCGAGCAGUACGAGCACUUCCAGUCGCUCCAGCUCGAGCGCGGCAACUCGCCGAGCCAGAUGCGGCCCAAGUCGCGGUCUGGCGUCGACCUCGACGCGUUCCUGUCAGAGCGGCGGCCGCACUCGAGCCACCACGCGUCGGCGCCCGUGCUCUACCCGAACGGCAUCGGCCCGCUCGCCGGCGUCGACUCCGUCGCGGACGGCGCGGAGCUCCGGCCGUCCAAGUCGUCCGACGGCGUCUUCCGGCUGAGCGCGGCCCGGAGCGCGCACCUCGCCGCGGCGGCGGCCGCGGCGCCGCUGCGGUCGAUCCAGGGCCGGCGCGGCCUCAUGACCGAGGACGACGAGCACGUGGAGACCAUGUACCGGCUGCCCGUGUGGAUCCCGCCGGAGCCGGAGCGCCCGAAGCGGGACCACGCGCCGCCGGACCCGGCGAUCGUGGCCGCGGCGCUCGAGACCCUGUCGCGGCCCGCGUCGCCGGACAUCCUGAAGAUCUCGUCGCGGCCGGGCACGUCGUCGACGAACCGGCCGGGGACGACGUCCGCGGAGCCGACGCCCGCGCGGACGCCGCCCGGGUCGCGGCCCGCGUCGCGGCCGGGCGCGGACGGCGCGGGCGGCGGCGACGCGGCGCCCGCGCCCGUGCCCGGCGACGCGCUCCUCGAGCUGCCCGUGCUGCCCAUGCUCACGCACUUUGGCGACGACCUGCUCGGCGGCCCGACGAUGCUGCCGGGCGCGCUGCCGCCCGCGGCGAACCGCGUCGAGCUCAACAAGGUCGUCCAGCCGCUCUACACGCGGGGCUUCCGGCGCGAGCUCAAGCGCGUCAAUUCGAUCCGGGAGCUGGAGAAGGGCGACGCCGCGCGGCUCCGCAAGGCGCGGAUCCUCGAGGCCGAGGCGACGCGCCACGUCCGCAGGGAAAACGCGAAGCUCGCGAAGCUCGCGGAGGAGCGGCGCGUGAUCGAGCUCGCGCGGUGCCGCCAGGGCUGGCUGCCGCUCGUCGUCCAGGGCGCCUUCAUCCGGAACCUGCGGAACGGCGCCUUCAUGCGCAUGUCCGAGCUCGCGGAGCUCCGGUUCCGGACGCGGCGCGCGAAGAUCAUCCAGCACUGCUGGCGGAGCCACUUCGUGCGCGUGCUCGCGCCGCGCAUGCGCAAGCUCCACGCGGCGAGCACCGGGCUGAAGCGGGCGCUCCGGGCGAAGAAGCUGCGGAUGGCGCGGACGAAGAUCCGCACGUUCCUCGACGAGAUCCGCGAGGAGGAGGGCUCGCCGCGGAACGCGGUCCAGCACUUCCUCCACAGCGUGCGCAAGUCGCAGCGGGCCAUCCGCAACUUUUCGAUCUGCUGGAAGGCGCGGCGCAAGGUCUGCUGGAAGCUCUGGGUCAAGCUCGAGCACGAGAUCCGCGAGAAGCUCGCAUCGGACGCGAUGGCCGCGCACAAGCGCGCGGUGCGCGCGGCCCUCGAGAAGCAGCUCCGCCAGAAGCGCAAGGCCAAGGUGAAGAAGAGCGACCAGCGCAAGACCCUCGGCGAGGUGCACAUGAGCGGCAUCGCGCGCUUCACCGCGCGGCAGAUCAACGAGCACGCGUCGCAGCGCAAGGCGUCGGCCGCGACGUACGCGCGCAUGGACGCCCUCUGGGCCAUCCGCUCCCUCCAGCGCAAGCAGCAGGCCCUCGAGAUCCUCAAGCCCCUGCCCGACGUCGACGACGUCGCCAAGCGCCACGCGGCCGUCCGCAAGCCCGACGGCGCGCUCCUCGUGUCGCUCGGCACGACGGAGGUGCUGGGCAUGGUCGUCCUCGCCUGCCGCCGCAAGCGCCGCCGCCACAUCGCCUACGCCGCCGAGCUCCGCGAGCGGGAGAAGGUCAUGGUCAUCGACCACGACGUCGCGCGCGCGCUCAUGCGCGCGUCCGGCAAGCUCAACCCGUCCGCGCGCGACCUCAACCAGCUCAAGGAGAAGGCCAAGAAGGAGCGCCGGACCUUCAGCUGGCCCGCGCUCCGCCUCUACACGGCGACGAACCUCGGCGACACCUGGCACGACAUCAUCAAGGACCUCGUCGUCCGCGACCUCCACGCGCGCCGCCAGCAGCUCGCGAACCGCCUCAAGUCCAUGAUCCAGCCCGAGGAGGUCGAGCGCCUCGCGAGCAUGCUCCUCGACGACGACCCGGACCAGACGAAGAUGCAGGACUACAUGUCGCGCGAGGACCUCAUGAGCUUCUCCAUCGACCUGACGCUCGAGAACUCGUCCAUCGCGUCGGGCUCGACGGCCAUCUCCAAGGCCACGCCCACGAGCGGCUCGGGCCCGCACCACCACCACGGCGCGCACGUGCACCUGCACCACCACCACGACGCGGGCGAGGAGCUCGCGCGCCGCGGGGCCGGCGACCCCCGCGCCGCGGCGGCGCCGCGGCCGUCGGGGCGGAACAUGGUCAUGGCGCGGCAGCCGGGCCUCACCGUGCGCGUCAUCCGGAGGAAGGCCGAGGACCAGGAGGCCGACGACCGGGCGCGCGAGAACAAGGCGCGCGGCGACGACGAGAACGUCGACGCCCUCCUCGCCGCCACGGACCGGUAUCGGCUGUAA